AUGGCUGAGGCAAUUGUUAUUCUUGCCCUGGAGCACCUGGUACAAAUCACUGCUCAAAAGAUAGAGGAAGAGGUGAGGCUAGUUGGUGAUGUCAAGAAAAAACUGAAAAAACUUCAGAGCAAUCUUGAAGCCAUUCAAGCUGUGCUACACGAUGCAGAGGAGAGGCAAGUGAAGGACGACAAAGCUGUAAGACGUUGGUUAGAUCAGCUUAAAGACACAUCCUACGACAUGGAAGAUGUGUUGGAUGAGUGGAACACUGAAAUCAUAAAGUUGCAGCUUGAAGGAGAUCUUGAAGAUGCUCCUGCUCCUAAGCGGAAGGUACCUUCCUUCUUACUCUGUCUUUCCUUUGGUAUCAAACAAGUUGUUUUGCGCCGUGAUAUAGCACAAAAGAUAAAAAAGUUAAAUAAAAAACUGGACAUCAUUGCCAAAGAAAAAGAUGCAUACAAUUUCAAGGAAAUGAAGAGCAUUAAAACAUUAGAACGAGUUCAAAGUACAUCUUUAGUUGAUGUGACUGAAAUAUAUGGUCGAGAAUUUGAGAAGAAGUCUUUAGUGAGUAAGUUGUUAGAUGAGAGAAAUGAAGAACAAAAAAACCUUCAUGUCAUCUCACUUGUAGGGAUGGGAGGAAUUGGAAAGACGACUCUUGCUCAAUUAGCUUACAAUAAUGAUGAGGUCAUGAGUCAUUUUGACACAAGAAUAUGGGUAUGUGUAUCAAAUCCUUUUGAUGAGUUUAGGGUUGCCAAAGCAAUCACCGAAGGACUGAAAUGUCCUACUAAUAAUUUAGUUGAAUUGAAAUCUCUUUUGCAAUGUAUUUGUCAAUCUAUUAUGGGCAAGAAAUUUCUUCUCGUUUUAGAUGAUGUGUGGUCAGAAGAUUACGACAAAUGGCAACAAUUUUAUCAUUGUCUAAAGAAGGGUUCCCGUGGUAGUAAAGUUUUGAUCACAACAAGGAAGGAUACAGUUGCAUCUAUUAUGGGGUCAAUUGAUCUUAUAAUUAUAAAGGAUUUAUCUGAGGAGGAGUGUUGGUUGUUGUUUAGACAAUUGGCAUUUUUUGGUAGGCCUCCGAAGGAGUGUGAAAAAUUGGAGGAAAUUGGAAGAGAAAUUGUUGCAAAGUUCAAUGGUUUGCCAUUAGCUGCAAAAACUAUUGGUAGUCUCAUGCGAUUUAAGAGAACUAGAGAUGAAUGGCAACGAAUUUUAGAUAGUGAAAUUUGGAAAUUGGAAGAGAUUGAGAAAAGUCUUUUAUCACCUUUGAUGUUGAGUUAUAAUGAUUUACCAUCCAUGAUAAAACGAUGUUUUUUAUAUUGUGCUAUAUUCCCAAAAGAUCAUAAUAUAAAUAAAGAUCAGUUGAUCAAAUUAUGGAUGGCUCAAGGUUAUCUUGGGUUGAAAAAAGAUACAGAGAUGGAGAUAAUAGGCCAAGAGUAUUUUAAUCAUUUAGCAUCACGAUCAUUUUUCCAAGAGUUUCAAAAAGAUGAAGAUGGGAAUAUCAUAAGCUGUAAGAUGCAUGAUAUAAUUCAUGACUUUGCUCAAUUUCUCACUACGAAUGAAUAUUUCACUAUGGACAUCUAUGGGGGCAGUAGAGAUCCAGUCAUAAACACUUCGGCUCAGCAUUCGAUGUUAACACUUAAAAAAGGGGCUACAUUUCCCAUCUCAAUUAGUAGCCUGAAAAGUUUGCGAAGUCUCUUAAUUGGUUGUGAAGGUUAUGAGUAUUUGGUGCCUAAUGGUGUUCUGCCAAAUCUCUUUGGUGAAUUGACAUGUUUAAGGGCGUUAGACAUGAGUUCAGAAAUCCUAAAAUUGAAUUUGAUUGCAACGAUUCCAAAAGAGGUAAAAAAAUUGAUACAUUUGAAAUAUCUGAAUUUGUCUGGUCAGGAUGUGGAAAAACUUCCGGAAACAUUAUGUGAGUUAUACAAUCUACAAAUUUUGGAUGUUUCUUGGUGUUUAAAGCUUAAAGAACUGCCUCAAGGGAUGGGGAAGUUGAUGAGCUUGCGGCAUUUGAUUAACUUUGAAACACGCUCAUUAAGUUGCAUGCCCAAGGCAAUUGAGAAAUUAACUUGUCUCCGAACAUUGAGUGAUUUCUUCAUAAAAAGCAGCAGCCGUGAUGGUAGUAAAGCAUGUAGUACUCUUGCAUGCUUGAAAGAUUUGAAACAUUUAAGAGGAACGCUUGAGAUUAGAGGGCUAGGAAAUGUGACCAAUGUGAGUGAGGUUAAGAGAAUGCAAAUUCUCAGCAAUAAGAAAAACCUCUUCUAUUUAAAGCUACAUUUCGAUAAAGAUGGAGAAGGAGAGAGGAAAAAAGAUGAUGAUGAGUUACUUCUUGAGGCUUUGCAGCCGCAUCCAAAUUUAGAGAAGCUAAAUAUAACAGGUUACAGAGGCAGCACUUUUCGUUCUGAUUGGAUCACGUCAUUAACCAGGCUGAGGGUAUUGCGUCUCUACAGUUGCAAAAAUUGUAUGCAUUUGUCUCCCUUGGGAAAAUUACCAUCACUUGAAUUACUAAUCAUAGAGGGAAUGAAUGUGAAAAACGUAGUUACGGGGAUUGAAAGCGAUGGUGAAUUUUCAUCAUCUACAUCUGUUAUUCUCUUUCCCAAGUUGGAAGUUCUUCAAUUCUGGUUUGUUUCCGAAUGGGAAGAGUGUGAAUACGCGAAUACAAUCUUGCCAUGCCUUGAUACUCUGUCAAUCAAUUGCUGUGUAAAAUUGCGUGCACUGCCUGAUGCCAUUCUCCAGGGGGCGAAAAAUCUACAACAUUUGGACAUUUAUCAAAGUUAUUCUUUGAAAGAACGAUACAAAAAUGGAACAGGAGAGGACUGGCAAAAGAUCUCCCACAUUCCCAAUAUCAAAUUCAAUGAUUCAUUUCUUCAAAGAGACCCACUCCCACUCCGUUGA